CGCGUCUCUGCAUAUAUUAGCGCUCCACUGGCUGAAUGCCUGCGCUCUUCGGUAUUGCCGGAGCUGCAGGCAGGAAUGUCUGCGAUCUGUUUAAAGUCGGCUAACUCUAGUGGUCUGCCCCACAUCCUUUCUGAAUGUCUUGGACACAGCUUGUUCGUCCUGCGUUUCUCAGUUUCGCCGCUCUCCUGUGAACACCGUAAGGCUGCUGAAGAACACCGGCGGCUUCGCCAGCAAUAGCUAUCAGACAAGACGAUCCGUUAGAAUUGUGAAGAAUAAGGAGGCGGAGGAGAAGGAGGCGGCGAGGGGGAGAUAUAUUCGGGAUCUUCGUUACCCCCUCCCCGGUCAGUUGCGCGAUUCAUUUUCUCUUGCCAAGCCAACGCGUUCAGUGAAAAUUCACAACUUUGGUGAAUGUCUGGGAGUUGCGGAACUGAGAGGGUGGACUUAAAAAAUCUUUGACAGCCUCGAGGAAGAAACAACGCAAAAAAGAUGGAAAUACAGCUGCAAAUUUUACUCUUGCAAUGCUUGGUUUCUUCUGUAGUUGCAAGUGCAUUUGGUUUUACUGAUGAAAUCGCGGAUAGGUCGCUGAAGUCGGAUGGCUAUUGUAGCAGAAUUCUGAGGGCUCAGGGAACACGCCGAGAUGGAUUUAACGAGUUCCACUUGAGAGUGGAAGGGGACCCCGAAUUUUAUAAACCUGGCUCCAACUACAGAGUGACUCUGUCUGCAACCAGUCCUUCAUACUUCAGAGGAUUUACACUUAUUGCGCUGAAGGAGGGACACGAGGGGAACAAAGAUGAAGAUUACGCUGGUAAUUUCAAGAUUAUAGAUGAAGAAGAUACCCAGUUUAUGACAAACUGCCCUUUAGCUGUAACAGAAAGUACCCCUCGAAGGAGGACAAGAAUUCAAGUGUUUUGGACAGCACCCCCUUCUGGAUCUGGUUGUCUCAUUCUAAAAGCAAGUAUUGUGCAAAAAAGGAUAAUUUAUUUCCAGGAUGAAGGUUCCCUCACAAAGAAACUAUGUGAAAAGGAAUCAUCACUGGAAGGUUCUACUGAAAAACCAAUACUUGAUUGCUGUGCCUGUGGAACAGCUAAAUACAGGUUGACAUUUUAUGGAAACUGGUCAGAGAAAGUUCAUCCCAAGGAUUACCCCAGACGAGCCAACCACUGGUCUGCCAUUAUUGGUGCCUCCCAUUCAAAGAAUUAUGUCCUCUGGGAGUAUGGGGGCUAUGCAAGUGAAGGAGUGAAGCAAGUGGCAGAGUUGGGCUCCCCUGUAAAAAUGGAAGAAGAGAUUAGACAGAAGGGUGAUGAAGUUUUGACCGUUAUCAAAGCAAAAGCCCAGUGGCCGGCCUGGCAGCCAUUGAAUGUGAGAGCAGCACCAUCUGCUGAAUUUUCUGUGGACAGGACUCGUCAUCUUAUGUCAUUCCUUACUAUGCUGGGUCCCAGUCCAGACUGGAAUGUCGGACUAUCUGCUGAAGACUUGUGCACUAAAGAAUGUGGCUGGGUACAGAAAGUUGUGCAAGACUUGAUCCCCUGGGAUGCAGGCACAGACAGUGGGCUCAGCUAUGAGUCACCCAAUAAGCCUACUGUUCCACAAGAAAAAAUCAGACCACUGACAAGUCUAGAUCAUCCUCAAAGCCCCUUCUAUGACCCAGAAGGAGGACCCAUAACGUCUGUUGCAAGAAUCGUUAUUGAAAGGAUUGCAAGAAAGGGUGAGCAAUGCAAUAUUGUACCUGACAAUGUGGAUGAUAUUGUGGCUGACUUAGCCCAAGAGGAGAAAGAAGAAGAUGAUACACCAGAAACCUGCAUCUACUCCAACUGGUCCCCUUGGUCUGCCUGUAGUUCUUCUACUUGUGAAAAAGGAAAACGAAUGAGACAGAGGAUGCUCAAAGCUCAGCUUGACCUCAGUGUGGCUUGCCCACACACCCAAGAUUUUGAACCAUGCAUGGGACCAGGAUGCAGUGAUGAAGAUGCAUCAACUUGCAUGAUGUCGGAAUGGAUAACUUGGUCUCCAUGCAGCGUAUCCUGCGGAAUGGGCAUGCGGUCCAGGGAAAGAUAUGUCAAACAGUUUCCAGAAGAUGGCUCUACAUGUACACUGCCAACAGAGGAGACUGAGAAAUGCAUUGUCAAUGAAGAUUGUUCUCCAAGUAGCUGCCUAAUGUCCGAAUGGGGUGAGUGGGAAGAGUGCAGUGCUACAUGCGGCAUGGGCAUGAGAAAACGGCAGCGAAUGGUCAAGAUGCCGCCAUCUGAUGGCACCAUGUGCAAGGUCGACUUAACACAGGUUGAGAAAUGCAUGAUGCCUGAAUGUCACACGAUACCCUGUAUGCUGUCCCCAUGGUCAGAAUGGAGUGACUGCAGUGUUACUUGUGGAAAAGGUCUAAGGACUCGGCAGAGGAUGUUAAAAUCUCCAUUGGAGCUCGGGGAAUGCAGCGAAGAGCUUGAACAAGUUGAGAAAUGCAUGCUGCCUGAAUGUCCUACUGACUGCAUGGUAUCAGAAUGGUCUGAAUGGUCCGAAUGCAAUAAAUCAUGUGGUAAAGGUCACAUGAUCAGAACAAGGAUGAUCAAGCUGGAGCCUCAGUUUGGGGGAGCCCUUUGCCCAGAAACAGUGCAACGCAAAAAGUGCAAAAUAAGAAAAUGCAACAAAGGAUCCAGCGAUGAAAAGAAACGGCGUAAAGAAGCCCGUGAGAAGCGAAGGAGUAAACAGACAAGGGAGGAGCCUGAAGAUGAGCAGCAUCCAGGAUGUAAAAUGAAGCCAUGGUCUACCUGGACACAGUGUAGCAAACUUUGCGGAGGUGGAAUUCAGGAGCGUUAUAUGAAUGUGAAGAAAAAAUUCAAAAAUCUCCAGUUUACCAGUUGCAAAGAUAAGAAGGAAAUCCGAGCUUGCAAUGUGCAUCCCUGUUAGAGUUAUAGAAGCCUUCAAGAUUUACAGAGCUGUCUAAGAGAAAAUCGGUCUUGUUUUAAUCCAGGUUUAGAUAAAGAGGCAAACAAACGUGGGCUCUGCUUUAUGGAGAAACCAAUAAUUUUUUCUGGACUUCAAGCUGGUAAAAGGACGUAAUGUUUCAAUUGUACGGACAGAAGUCAUUGCAGUGUUCUUUGAUUUCAAACAGCUGCCUUUGUUUGUGAUGAUGUAUGGUAUGCAGUGCAUUACAAAGUAUAAUCAGAACAGUAAUCAAACAUUUUUAUAAACUUUGCUAUUGGAUGUGAUCUCUUUUUAUCAACGUGGUUUCAUGAUCUGUAAUAACAGUAUACUCUAUAAGUAUGCCAAAGUAUCCCAGUGUUUUUCUUGUUGACCUGAAUAAUGUACAAUGUAAAUAACAUCAUAAAUACAGUGCAUUGGGGCCCAUCCAGUCAUCACUUUAAUGACUUUUCAUCUUUUUUUUCCUUUUUUUUCAUUUAAACAUUUUACCUUAUUCAGACGAAUGCCUGUGGGUCUGUGUAUUUAUCAAGGGCAUGCUGCUUUGAUUGAGAUGCUAUUUUUUAAUAAGAAAACACAAUGCUAAUCCUGCUCUUUUUAAAUUUAAUCAUCGAUCUGAGGACAAGUGGCCAAGUAAAUCUUCCAGCCACAUGUUAACACGAAGGGUCUCUUGAAGUCAAUAUUAAUUGACAAGAAACAACCAGUCUGGUUAAAAAAGAUUGAUUUUCCACCAUGUGCGUAAGGUUUUGUUUCAUUUAGAUUUCCUGCAAUGGCUGUAAACUUGUUGUGGUAUACUGGUCAUUAAUUACCAGUCAAUUACACCUAUAAAAUAAA